GUUAUCUCGUGGGUUAUUUGGUAUACAGCGGUUGAUCCAGACUUUUCCGUGAUGGCGAUGCCACGAUAGCAUCAGCCCCGGGGUCCUGAUCAUUGACAGAGGGCAAACACUACGAUUAGAUGGUCUUGCAGCUCUAUAGAUAUAUAAAUAUCUGGGACAGUUUUAAACGUUGCCAAUUACCAGUGAAGCCUCGCGGAGCGCCUCAACGUGUGCUGUCCCACUAUGGCUGUCCAUUUACCUGUGCGGCUUAUUCCUUUGAUCUUCAUCUACCUGUGCAGCGUGUUGGAUGUACGUGGGGCGUCAACCGUCAGUAGACUACAUUACUACGACCAGGUGGCAUGUGGACUGAAGCAACCAGACCGCCUGCACUACUGGUGGCAACCAAGACGCUCUCCGCCAUGUUCAAUGGACAUAUCGUGUGACCCCCACGCCCGAUAUCGGACUUUCGACGGCUCCUGCAACAACCUUCGUCGUCCUCAGUGGGGAAUGGCGGGUUUCGCCUUCGACAGACUACUCCACGCCCAGUACGAUGAUGGUUACUAUUACCCUCGGACCACGGGGGUGGAUGGCCGUCCUCUCCCAUCCCCUCGAAUAGUGUCCACCUUUAUCCACAAAUCGGACUCUGAAACGACCAGACUUGUCAGCUUGAGCAACAUGUUCCAGGUGUGGGGGCAGUUCUUGGACCACGACCUCACCUUUACCCCCAUGCAGAGAGAUGCAGAUGGAAGUGCUUUCAAAUGUUGCUCUGAUUUCCAAAACCAGGUCGGGCCCGGUCACUACCAAGGGGGUCCGUGUUUCAGCAUUCCUGUUCCACCCUUUGAUCGCUACAUGACCCGGAAGUGCAUGUCUUUCUCGAGGUCAACGACAGCGCCAAGGGAAAAGUCUUGCGGAAAACGUUAUCGUGAGCAGGUGAACGGGGCUACAGCCUUUGCUGACGCUUCAAAUGUUUACGGGACAAACGAAAAAGACGCAGAUGCUCUCAGAACAUUUACAGGCGGCAUGUUGAAGACAAGGCAAAAUGACAUGCCCCCAGCGACAAGUGACAACACCACCUGCUUCCGCAUCGAUCCUAAGGACUAUUGCUUACUUGCUGGGGACAAGCGCUUAAAUGAACACCCAGGUUUGUCGGUCCUGCACGCGAUAUUCCUGAGAGAACAUAACAGGAUUGCAAUAGAACUGUCCCUCAUCAACCCCCACUGGGACGAUGAACGCCUUUUUCAGGAAACCAGGAAGAUCCUAGCUGCCCAAAUGCAGGUCAUCAGUUACUGGGAAUGGCUGCCACCGCUGCUAGGACCAGAUGUGAUGAGAUUCUUUGAACUCGAUUUGACCAUUCCGUUCACGUAUCGCCCGGAAGUGAACCCCACAGCUGUCAAUUCCUUCGCUACUGCUUCAUUCCGCUAUGGCCAUUCUCAAAUUCCAGACGUUUGGACAGUUGGGAGGGAGAAAAUUCCUCUCCAUGCUAUGUUCAAUCGGCCUUUUUUUGUUCUUAGAGGCAUGUCUGAGGGGUUGGAUGAUGUCCUGACGGGGAUGGUCUCUGACACAUCCCAGAGAACUGACGUUUUUUUCAGUAACGGCGUUAGUGAUCAUCUGUUCGAGAAGGCAGACAGGCCGCCACUUGAUUUGGUUUCUCUGAACAUAAAUCGAGGCCGCGACCAUGGACUGCCUCCUUACACGGCCUUUAAGUCGUUCUGCGCGAGGCUUCUGGGAAAUACUCCAAGAUGGCCCACUAACCUGUACGCGGCCAUGAUAAACAUAUACAGAACCAUUGGGAACGUGGACGUAUUCUCCGGGGCUGUGAGCGAGAUACCACUGCCUGGGGCUCAGGUGGGGCCGACCUUCGCCUUUAUGAUUGGUCUACAAUUCCAUCGCUUCAAGUGGGGAGAUCGCUUCUGGCAUCAGACUGCUGAUGAGCAUAUCGGCUUCACACAUGCACAAUACCGGGAAAUACAGAAAAUUCGACUGUCAAGAGUGUUUUGUGACAAUUCUAACAUCAGGGGAUUUCAGCCGAACGUCUUCAAAGUUGAAUCAGGAAGUAAUCCAAUUAUCGACUGUUCCCAGCUACCAUCUAUGGAUCUUACGCAAUGGGCAGAGCACUGACGUCAUAAUGACGGCGUACAUGUGCCAGACGUCAAUUUGCCUUGACACAUUGUUUUGUGGGGCUUUGAAAGCUUUUAUCCAAAAUGUUAUUUGGUUGAUUUCAAAAGACAUAAUAAAUGGUACAUUCGGA